UGCAUCACCACGAAUGCCAGGGGAAGCUCUGUCUCUGCGCUGCCCUUGCCUGCAGGCUCCAUCCUCACCGCAGCUCCUAUUGGCCAGGAAUCAUGACCAACGGGAGCUGCAGGGAGUGUUGCUUACAGUGUUUGACCAAAAGAAUUCCACAGAAUCCUAAAUAUCAACACAUAAAAUCUCGCCUUGACACAGGAAACAGCCUGACCAAAUACAUUGAGAAAUUGGAAGAGAUCAAGAGAAAUUACAGAUACAAAAAAGAUGAACUCUUCAAGAGGCUGAAAGUGACUACUUUUGCCCAGCUGGUCAUCCAGGUUGCUUCUCUCUCUGAUGAAACAUUAGAAGUGUCAGCGGAAGAGAUCCAAAAGCUGGAAGAUGGCGAUGCUGCUGUUUUAGAGACUGAUGCUGAACUCACCGUUGGGACUAAUGGGAAAGGAAGUCCCACUGAGAAACCACCCAGUCCGGUCCUGUUCAUAAACAACACGGGGGCCGGGGAAUCGUAUCGGUCUACUCUGCAGAGUGUGAUCAGCGGCGUAGGGGAGCUAGACAUAGACAAAAGCCUGCGGAAGAAACCCGAUGCUAAUGAAAACGUGAAAGACCAGCCCUAUCCGGACUGCCCGUUCCUGCUGCUUGACGUACGAGAUCGAGAUGCCUAUGACCAGUGUCAUAUCGUCGGAGCUUAUUCCUACCCCAUCGCCACGCUGUCCAGAACCAUGAACCCUUAUACGAAUAGCAUUCUGGAAUAUAAAAACGCUUCUGGGAAGAUUAUCAUCCUGUAUGAUGAGGACGAGCGGCUAGCUGGCCAGGCCGCCACGACCAUGUGCGAGAGAGGUUUUGAGAACUUAUUCAUGUUAUCCGGAGGCCUGAAAGUCCUUGCCCAGAAGAUCCCUGAAGGACUAGUCACUGGCUCAUUCCCAAUGUCUUGCCAGUUGGCAACUUACCCUGGAUCGGCAAGGAAAAGAGCAACCCCCCGAGGGACACCCACACGUGCUGAGAAUAAAUGGAGAUUUACUGCAGAAGAUCUACAAAAGAUAGAAUACUACCUGGAAGAGGAACAGAUCCCCUCAGAUACUGCCAGCCGUCUCAGCCGGGCUUCCUCGGGCCGUGACUCUAAGGUGAUGGCUGUAAGGAGCAGCCAG